GAGGCCGGGGAUAAGAUAGCGGCGACGCGCGCAGCUGUCUGGACGGCAGGCGGCUGCUAUAUGUACGCCCGCGCCCCCAGCGACCCGCCAGAAGACCCUCCGAGGACCGACCAGGCAACAUGGCACCCCGGGCCCUCCUCUGUCUGCUGGCCGUCGGCGCGGUGACAGCCUUCCCGCAGGGGGCUCAGACCGGAAGGAAGUACGAGCUGGACGGCAGGAUAGUCGGCGGCUCUGAGACCACGAUACAGAAGUACCCUUUCGCGGUGACGCUGUGGAGGUCGGACCUGGAGUACUACCCCGAGUGGAACAUGUGCGGAGCCUCCAUCAUCUCCAGCCAAUGGGUGCUCACGGCCGGCCACUGCACGACAGGGAGGGACGCCAAGGCUCUGUUCAUCCGGGCCGGCAGCACCAACAAGAACAACGGCACCAAGUACGAAGUGGAGAAAUUCGUCGUCCAUCCCAAGUUUUUCGAACAUCAGGACGGCUCGGCCGACUUCGACAUAAGUGUCAUCAAGUUGAAGACCCCGGUGCAGUUCAGCAGGAGCGUGAAGGCCGCCAGUCUGCCCUCAGCGAGCACAGUUGUCAGCACUGGCACCAUGCUCACCGUGAUUGGCUGGGGCUCCACCCACGAGUUGGGAGGCACAGUGGACGUGCUGCGGGAGGUGUCUGUGCCGGUGGUGUCCACUGAGGAGUGCACAGCGGACUACGGCAAGGACAUCAACAACGCCACCAUGAUCUGCGCCGGCUACAGGCGCGGAGGGAAGGACUCCUGCCAGGGCGACUCCGGAGGACCUCUGGUGCUAGGCUCCACGCAGGUGGGCGUCGUGUCCUGGGGGGGAGGCUGCGCCGAGGCCAGACAGCCCGGGGUCUACACCAGGGUGGCCAACUUCAGGGACUGGAUCAAGUCGGAGACCGGCCUGUAGACGUCCACUGCCUGGUCGCAACCUCUCUGACUUCUCUGAACAACCAUUGUCAACACUGUACUCCUGAAAUAAACACAUUUAGUUUGUAAUAA